AGUGUGCAACUUUUUCCUCUUUCUCAUCAGUCAAAUUCCUAUAAUGUAAUUCUCUAAAAGCCAUUGAUUCGCUUGUGUUUAUGGGUGUUUUCUCCAAUCCCCGAGGACCUCAAAUUGGAUCAAUCCACGAAGGAUCGCCUGUAGCCAAUGGCUCUCCUUCGUCUCCUUCCUCUUUCAAGCGAAAAGUUUCAAGCUUGUUGCCAAUCUGCGUGGCUCUUGUUGUCCUCAUCGAGAUUGGGUUUCUGGGUCGGCUCGAUAAUGCUGCUUUGGUCGAUACGUUGACGGAUUUUCUCACCAAGUCGCCUUCGGGAUCGCUGUCUCCGAUCAGGCCAUCCGAUUUGAAGGUUGGCUCGGGAAUGGAGAGAUGCGAGGAGUGGUUAGAGAGAGAGGAUUCAGUGAGUGACUCUUAGGAUUUCAGUGAAGAUCCGAUUUUCAUCUCCGGUGGUGGCAAGGACUUUGAAUCGUGGUCGAUUGAUUGCGCAAUUGGAGUGAGUUCAGAUAAGAAACCCGAUGCAGCUUUUGGAUUAGGUCAUCAACCUGGAACACUCAGUAUAAUCCGUUCCAUGGAAUCAUCAAAAUACUACCAAGAGAACGAUCUUGCUCAGGCAAGACGGAGGGGUCAUGAUAUUGUGAUGACAACUAGUCUGUCAUCAGAUGUUCCCGUUGGGUACUUUUCAUGGGCGGAAUAUGAUAUGAUGGCUCCUUUGCAACCAAAGACCGAGAAAGCUCUCGCUGCUGCUUUUAUUUCCAACUGUGGGGCUUGCAAUUUCAGGCUGCAAGCUCUUGACUUCAGCCUUAAUAAAGGCGAAUGUUAUGGCGGCUGUUAUCGGAACCGGGAUGGGAGAGUGGAGAAGGUUGAAGCUCUUUGGCACUACAAAUUCAGUCUAGCUUUUGAGAACACCAACGAGGAGGAUUACGUCACCGAGAAGUUCUUCCAAUCUCUCGUCGCCGGCAGAUGUGAUGAGGCCAUCGAGCCAUCACCUGACCCAAAGGUCGUUCCCGAGCUCAAAGAAGCACCAAUGACCCGUUCCAAGGCAAGGAGGCUUAGGGAAGGGUUCAACUUGGCCGUGGAAUCAUUACUAAGUACCAUGGAGCUUGGAGAUGCAUUCAAAACCGAGCCUCAAGAACAAUACACGCGAGACAGCCCCAAAGGACCCGACUUAGACAUAAUGGAGGGUUUCGCGCGUCUGAGCCUCAAAGAAAGCCGGCCUCAACUAGAAUCAGGUAUACAUGUUUACUUGGCAGGAAAUGGAGCACAGAACACCAAGAAUCUCGAAGAGGCCGCAUCGGACCCUCAAGAUACAACCGUUCCAAGACUCGGAGCCGCUAGCGAGCCAACAAGACCCAAGGAGGAACAUGAAGAGGGACGCAUGAAGAUACUUGAAGAACUCGCAGGACACGACGUGGACAGGACCCUAGAUGAACUAAACAUCAAGACUAACGAAGGAAAUCUCAAGGCUAACGAGCGAAUCAACGAGAUAACAAGCAAGCCCACAGCCGGCCGCAAUCAGGUAUUUUCCAUUUAUACGAUUUGUGCAGGUAACAUGGGAGUAUCCUAGUGGUGUCUAACACCCUAGAUGGCAUCAGAGGUGCACGGAACAAGUCCAGAAAAGGUUGCACACGAUUAGUUUCUUUUCCUUUUUAUUUUUAAGUGAACUUUCCAUUUUUGUGUCCAAAUGAGACGCUUUGCCAUUUUGCUUUAUUUUUUUUUUUUACAAGUCUUGUUGUUUUGAGUCCUUAGUGUCGUUUUUUUUUCAUUGAGUCGAACCCUAGAAGGUUCAAAGCUGAUGGACUAUUUAUAAAGUCCCACAUGCAGCUCUUGUACUUCAACCCUUUUCCCGAUAUCAAUAAAAUAACGCCGUUUUCUUA